CACUGCCCCGUUCGUUCUAUUUGAUCUGGUCUAUUUGUUCAGGAGGUGCUCACAUCAAAGUUCAGUUUUGUACUCAAUUCUUUGCUUUUAGCCCUACAAACAGCAACAGCUCAGCACUUCCUACAGCACACAUUUCAGUAUGUGGGUCACCAUCAUCAUCUCUGUGGCCUGUCUGCUGGUCAGUCCGUCUCUAGCUGGGAUCAAAGACCUCGCCUCUCAUUUCACUGACCCUCAGCCAGACCCUCGAGGCCUUGAAGAGGGGGUUGUGGAUUUAGAGGCCAUCCCCUUGGAGUUCCACAAAGAAAACACGAUCACCAAUGACCUUGUGUUUGAUGGCUUUGAGGAGGAUGAUUAUCUUGAUUUUGAUAAGAUCUUGGCAGCAGGCAAUGAUGACUACAUUGAAGGGGAUGAGAUAGACGACAUUGCAACACCAGCUCCUGACAUCGACAUCUUCGCUGAACCAUCAGACCCAAAGAUCCGACGUGCUAGGCUCUUACGCUUGUUCAAUGGUCGUUCUCGUCUCCAGCGUAUUAACAUUGUCAACGCUAAUUUUGGUUUCAACCUCUAUCGAAGUCUUCGAAAUGACGUCAACCAGACUGACAACAUCCUGCUGGCACCUGCUGGGAUCUCCAUCGCUAUGGGGAUGAUGUCUUUAGGCGCAGGAUCGGAAACUCAUGAUCAGAUCUACAAAGCUCUGGGAUUUGCCGAGUUUGUCAACGCCAGCCAUCACUAUGACAACACCACAGUACACAAGCUGUUCAGGAAGCUGACCCACCGGCUCUUCAGGAGGAACUUUGGCUACACACUGCGCUCUGUGAAUGAUGUCUACGUGAAGAGAAAUGUCUCAGUGAAGGAUACUUUCCGUGCAACGACAAAGGCGUUUUAUUUCGCAGAGCCACAGUCAGUGGAUUUCGGGGAUCCAGCAUUCCUCAACAAAGCAAACCGUCGCAUCCUGAAGCUGACCAAAGGACUGAUCAAGGAACCGCUAAGGAGUGUCGAUCCAAACAUGGUGUUGAUGUUGCUCAACUACCUGUACUUCAAAGGAACAUGGGAACAAAAGUUCCCCAAAGACAUGACUCACUAUCGGAACUUCAGAGUUAAUGAAAAGACAACUGUCCGUGUGCCAAUGAUGACCAACAAGGGGAACUAUCUCGCAGCGGCUGACCAUGAACUGGAGUGUGACAUCCUGCAGCUUCCAUACACAGGAAACAUCAGCAUGCUUAUUGCUAUGCCGAGGAAGAUGGCUGACAUGAGGAAACUUGAACAGGAGAUCUCUUCUACUGUUGUCAACAAAUGGCUCAAGAAUAUGACUAACAGGACUCGAGAGGUGGUGCUGCCUCGGUUUAAACUGGAGCAAAACUAUGACUUGAUUCCAAAUUUGAAAGAGAUGGGACUCACUGACUUGUUCCAAGAGAGUGCAGAUUUCUCUGGGAUGACUUCUGAAAAGGUUGCCAUGAACUAUCUGAAGCACCAGGGAACCAUCACUGUGAAUGAAGAGGGUACAGAAGCUGCUGCUUUGACCCAGGUGGGCUUCAUGCCCCUCUCCUCUCAGAUCCGCUUCACUGUGGACCACCCCUUCCUCUUCCUGAUCUAUGAGCACCGCACUGACUGCCUUGUGUUCAUGGGUCGGGUGGCCAAUCCCUCACAGAGCUAAACCUGACCAAAAAAAGCCCUCCUUAACAGCUAAGCUUUCAUUAAUAAUCACAUGCUAAAGUGUAAAUUCCAAACAAAAUAUCUGUGAUUUAAACCCGUGGUAUUUGUUUUUUAAAAGCUGGAGACUUCUAGAAGUAAAAGAUGUAAAUGUAACACCAAGUAAUAAGGAUAUACCUGUAUGUAGAGUCCUACUGAACAUUUAAACUUCUAUUUGUUUACCAAUGUGGUUUGAGUCUUUUGGGGGAGGCAAAAAAAGUUGUAGCUUCAUCAUGGAAAAAGUUUUCAAAUAAAUACCAUUUGAAAGUUAACAGUGAUUUAAAUAAUUCUAUGUUUAAACUGUUCUUGAAAAUCCAUGCUCUAGGAUUUUUAUUCAGCAGUAAACUGUUGACAUGGAUGUUUGUACUGCAGCUAUUAAUUAUUAACUAAAAAUAUUUGUUGAUAAAGUUAAACUCUAACUACUAAAGCACUCAAAAUCUCAUAGGGAUAAUUCAACAGAGGGUAAUAUUACAACACAAAUUCUUGUUUUAAAUGAUUGUAGAUAAUCUCAAUAUUUCUGUAGUUAAUGCAGACAUUACAUACUCACCACAGCAAUCACUGGAAUGAGGACUCCAAGAUUUCCUGCACUACUUGAUGCCUACAAGAGAUAAAGAGCCAUUACUAAUCUAACAACAAGCUGUUAUGAAUUUCCUGUUGUGUUUCUAUGUUCAUGUAUUAAAGCACGUACUUUCAGCGCUG